AUGACAAACUUAGAAAACAUCUGUGGCAAGUUUAACUCCUCAAUAGAGAAUAUGAAACUUAUAGUUUGCAAUGAACUUCAAAGUAUAGAUACAACAAAAGUUUUGAACUCAGAUGCUUUGAAGAGUCUUAUAACAGACAAAGUUGGAGUUGUUGAAAGAAAGUAUAAAGACCAAAGAGUUUGUGAAAAUGUUGCAAACUUCAUUAUGGUUUCAAACAAUGUUGUUCCGAUGAAGUUAGAAAGUUCUGACAGAAGAUAUGUAGUUGUCAGAACGUCAGAUUCUCAUAUGCAAGAUACAGAAUAUUUUGACGACUUAGCAGAAACUUUGACAUCUGACUUUUACAACCACUUGUUCUCAUAUUUCAUGACAUUAGAUAUUUCAAAGUUCAAUCCAAGACAAAUUCCACAUACCGAAGAAAGACAAACAUUGUUAGAAGCAAACAAGAGUGUAUAUGAACUGUUCAUAGAUGAGACUAACUUUGAGUGUUUAGAUGAAAGGUCAUUGUACGAUUCAUAUAAACAGUAUUGUCAAGAGUAUGGUUAUAUGGCAGCGUCUAAACGAACAUUCUUGGCAAAUGUCAAAAGUCUUUUAGACAUACAGAACGGCGUAUAUACAAAGAAAAAUUUUUAUGAGUAA